GAUGAGCAGCUGCACCACUCCACUGUCGCGGCGUUUGCCAACCUGAACACGCAAAGAUGCUGCUAUGUACGUUUUCGGGAAGCCUGCCCGUUAUUCUGAGGCUAGAAUCAGGUUUAACUGAUAACUGCACACGCGUUCCCUCGCCGUGAGUGUCUUUGGUGGGAGGAGCAGGCUGUGCAUCUUCUCCGGGCAGGACGCUUCCAGGAAUGGACGGGAGGACUGCGGAACCCGGGGAUGACGGGAGUCGAAGCGAGGCGUCCGGCUUGUGCCUGCAGCUUGACCUGGGGGACCUGGGGGACACCGAUCCAGCCAGAAAAGCUCAGAUAACAGAGAUGCCAUCACCAUUUGGAGCAGGUCCAACUCACGAGAAGAAGAUUGGCCACAGAAGAGUCGAUGCCUCAGGGGAGACGACGUACAAAAAGACCACCUCUUCAGCGCUCAAAGGGGCCAUCCAGCUGGGCAUCGGUUACACAGUCGGUAACCUCAGCUCCAAGCCAGAGCGAGAUGUGCUGAUGCAAGACUUCUAUGUGGUGGAAAGCAUCUUCUUUCCAAGUGAAGGCAGUAAUCUCACUCCAGCACAUCACUUCCCAGACUUUCGAUUUAAAACGUAUGCUCCCGUGGCCUUCCGCUACUUCAGAGAGCUGUUUGGGAUCCGACCAGAUGACUACCUGUAUUCGCUUUGUAAUGAACCUUUGAUUGAGCUGUCAAAUCCUGGAGCCAGUGGAUCAAUAUUCUAUGUCACCAGUGAUGAUGAGUUUAUCAUUAAAACUGUGCUGCACAAGGAGGCCGAAUUUCUACAAAAACUACUACCUGGAUACUACAUGAAUUUGAACCAGAACCCAAGGACCUUGUUGCCAAAGUUUUUUGGACUGUAUUGUGUUCAAUGUGGAGGCAGAAAUAUCAGAAUUAUUGUGAUGAACAAUAUUUUACCCCGUUCAAUACGAAUGCACCUUAAAUUUGACCUAAAAGGAUCUACAUAUAAAAGACGUGCAUCAAAAAAAGAAAGGGAGAAGUCCAAACCCACUUUUAAAGACCUGGACUUUCUCAGCGAUGUCCCUGAAGGCCUCUCACUAGACCAGGACACCUACAGUGCACUAGUGCGCACUCUGCAGAGGGACUGUUUGGUUCUGGAAAGUUUUAAGAUCAUGGAUUACAGUCUGCUGCUCGGUGUCCACAACAAAACUCUGGCAGAAAAAGAGAUCCAGUGCCAGGCAUCACCAGCAGGGGGCACUGACUCCAAGAGGCCUGUACUGCAGAGAGCCUUGUAUUCCACUGCCAUGGAGUCUAUACAGGGAGACUCAAUGUGCAGGGACACGCUGGACCAUGAUGUCACAAUGGGAGGUAUUCCAGCUGUGGGGCCAAAAGGAGAAAAUCUACUACUUUUUGUUGGAAUCAUUGAUAUCCUGCAGUCCUACAGGCUGAUUAAGAAGCUGGAGCACUCUUGGAAGUCACUUAUCCAUGACGGGGACACUGUGUCAGUUCACAGGCCUGGCUUCUACGCUGAGCGAUUCUUCAAAUUCUGUACCUCGACUGUCUUCAGGAAAAGCUGCUCUCUUCGGCCAUCUCCUUCAAAGAGAGGACGAGGAACCCUGUCAGCAUCUAGGUCUAAUGCUGGGUCCACAUCACAGCGCCCCUCACUGACUGAAGACCGCAGGGAAAAUCUGGACAAUCUAGAAAACCUGAGAGGAGCAAGGAGUUUCCCAAUGCUGGAGGACAGGGGCAGAGAACCGCCUUGCACUCCUCCUUCAUUUGAAGAUGCCACCACUGCAUCGAUCGCCACCACCCUGUCGUCUAACAACUCAUUAACCACAACUCCCUUCGACACGCCCGAGCACCCGCGCUACCGCAGACAGAUGCUCUCUCCCAGUGUGGCCAGGUCCCAGAAGGAGAUUGUAGAGGUCCAUGAGGAAAAGCAAGAUAUUAUAACAGUAGAAGUUGAGCUCAGUAAAAUUCCCAACAGCACCGAGCUCACCAAAGCAACAGAGAAGACAUCACCAGACCUGUCACCAGAGCAUCCUGUUGAGGCCCCACCCACAACCAUCGCUCCAUCUCCAGGCCCUUGUUCCCCUACCACACUGCCUCCAUCCCUCACCUCCUCCUCAGACCCUCCCCUAUCCACCCAGUCCUCCGCCACACUCCCCUCCUCCACCAUACAGCCCUCCUCAAAGCCCCUCCAUUCUCCCACCAAUUUACAAGUUCCAGUUUCAACUCCAGUGUUAACUCCCAGUACCUCAGCACUGGCACCUGCAUCAGCCUUUACUCCCAUUUGCCCAGCAUCUUCUCAAACCUCCACCCAAAGCUCCACCCACCAGCUGACCUCAACCCUGCCCACCUCCCUUCCGUCUAGUCCUCAGCCACCCCCUCGCCGCCCUCCACUGACGUCAAGCAAUCACGUGUCAGUUUCCAGUAGCAACAAUUCCCUUGAUGGAGAAGUGCAGGUUUCUGACAUCUACUUUACUCAGGAUGACCAGAGCUGGGUGUACUCUCCUCUACAUCCCAGCUCAGACUCCAGAAGAGGAUCCGACGGGGACAGUGAGAUUUAAACCACUGUGGAGAGAGCAGUGAUGACUGAGCGAGACCUCGUGAGGCCAAAUGAGGCCACUGAACUUCUACUGAUUUACUGUGAAACUCAGGCUGUGAGCGAAAGCUGCACACGUCAACUAUGACAUGGUGAACGCUAAUGCUAAACACACUAUUACCACUGUCUACCUGAAAACUUUGAUAAUUACAUGCAAAAGGGCAAAAAUGGGCACAUCUCAGUGACCUUAUCAGUUGUAUUUUUAUGGAUAAAAAACAGUUAUGGUCAAAUUGUGCUCGCCUAUGCAACACAGUCAAAUUUUAAUCACUUUUAUUCAUAAUUUAUUUACAAUUUCUGGCACUUUAUACCAUACUUUUAAGUAUGUACACACGUUUGUUACAGCUUUGACAGACUAUUAUUUUGUGUUCCUUUUCUGAGUCUUCAAUAGAUCUGUAAAAUAUUUGGCAGCAAAUGGCUUUGUCCUGUAUGCCUUAUCAAAUUACCAAUUAAUUUGAAUAGUAAUGUACAUUUAAAGCAGCAUCCUGUGGGGAGAAGUGCUUUUGCUAAAUGUUGGCACAGCUGUUCUGCAUGUGUCCUCUUCCACUUGUCCAUGUGUGCAUGUUGUGCAUGAUUUGAUGGCGUGACAGGGUUUUCAGUAAAUACGUAACUUGUUAGCUAUGAAGAGCUUUCUGUUACAUUGUCGGAAGUGAACAAAAGUACUACAUGUUUUUUUCUUUUUUCAUACUUGGUGAUAUUCUUGCUUUUUGCUCUAUGUUGCAUUCAAACUCUGAUGUAAGUUCAUGUACAUUGUUUUUUUUUCAGUCACGUAUCCCCGGCCUAUUUGUGGGCAACAG